UUUGCCCGCCUAUCCCCACAUUGGUCCGCGCCCUGCCCCUGCCCUUGCCCCUUGCGCCUCCCCAGUGCACUCGCGUACGCGCAGGUUCCUGCCGACCCGGAAGCGGAUCUCGCGGGGCUUCUGGCACUCUCGGCCCACACAAUAUGACCUCGGUGGGGGGAUGCGAGAAAGAUGAAGAAUUGUGAUGAUCCACUUCCUCUUAGUGAAUGACUGAUCUUACCUGAGAAAGAAACUCAGAGGAAGAGGAAAGAAAGAAGAGGAGGGAAUGGCUCUUUCUCAGGGACUGUUUACAUUCAAGGAUGUGGCCAUAGAAUUCUCUCAAGAGGAGUGGGAGUGCCUGGACCCUGCCCAGAGGGCCUUGUACAGGGACGUGAUGUUGGAGAACUACAGGAACCUGCUCUCUCUGGAUGAGGAUAAUGUCCUUCCAGAAAACGAUAUUUCUUUUGGAUUUACAAGCAAGGGAUUAUCACCAAAGGAAAACAAUAAAGAGGAAUUAUACCAUCUGGUGAUAUUAGAAAGAAAGGAAAGCCAUGGCAUCAACAAUUUUGACCUCAAGGAAGUCUGGGAAAAUAUGCCUAAGUUUGACAGCCUGUGGGACUAUGAUGCAAAAAAUUACAAAGGAACGCCUUUGACCUCUAACAAAAAUCUCACUCCCAGAAAAGAUCAACAACAUAAUAAAUCCUCAAUACAUUUCUCUUUAAAGCAGAGUGUUUCUAUAAGAGAUAGUGCAUACCAAUAUUUCAUACAUGACACGCCAUUUAUAAGGAAUUUGUUAAAACUGAAAAAUAACAUAAGGUAUGCUGGAAACAAAUACGUGAAAUGUUUUGAAAAUAGAAUUGGAUUAAGCUUACAGGCACAGCUGACUGAACGACAGAGAUUUCAAACUGGGGAGAAAAUGUAUGAAUGUAAUCCAGUGGAGAAGUCUAUCAAUAGUUCCUCAGUUUCACCACUUCCUCCUUGUGUCAAAAACAUUUGUAAUAAAUAUAGGAAGAUUUUGAAAUACCCUUUGUUACAUACACAGUAUGGGAGAACACACAUUAGAGAAAAAUCAUACAAAUGUAAUGACUGUGGAAAGGCUUUUAGCAAAAGUUCGAACCUCACUAAUCAUCAGAGAAUUCAUUCUGGACAGAGACCUUACAAAUGUAAGGAGUGUGGCAAAGCCUUUAACCAGUGUUCAAACCUCACUAGGCAUCAGAGAGUCCAUACAGGAGAGAAACCAUAUCAAUGUAAUAUAUGUGGCAAGGUCUGUAGUCAAAAUUCAAAUCUUGCAAGUCAUCAGAGAAUGCAUACUGGAGAGAAACCUUACAAAUGUAAUGAAUGUGGUAAGGCAUUUAUCCAGCGUUCACACCUUUGGGGACAUGAAAGAAUUCAUACUGGAGAGAAGCCUUACAAAUGUAGUGAAUGUGACAAAGCCUUUGCUGAGCGUUCCAGCCUUACCCAACAUAAGAGAAUCCAUACUGGAGAGAAGCCUUACAUAUGUAAUGAGUGUGGCAAAGCUUUUAAGCAGUGCUCACAUCUCACUAGACAUCAGAAUAUACAUCCUGGAGAGAAACCACACAAAUGUCAUGUGUGUGGCAAGGCUUUUAUCCAAAGUUCAAGUCUUGUGGAACAUCAGAGAAUUCACACUGGAGAAAAACCUUACAAAUGUAAUAAAUGUGAUAAAGCUUUUAUCAAACGUUCACACCUUUGGGGUCAUCAGAGAACUCAUACUGGAGAGAAACCUUACAAAUGUACUGAAUGCGGCAAAGCCUUUACUGAACGUUCAAAUCUUACCCAGCAUAAGAAAAUCCAUACUGGAGAGAAACCUUACAAAUGUACUGAAUGUGGCAAAGCUUUUACCCAAUUUGCAAACCUUACUAGACAUCAGAAAAUACACAUUGAAAAGAAACAUUGUAAACAUAAUAUACAUGGUAAUGCUUUAUUCCAAAGUUCAGACCUUGGGGAUCAUCAAAAAAUUUAUAAUACAGAAAAAUGUAUCAAAUAUAAUGAGAUAAAAAUUAAAUAAGUAUUCAAACUGUACUUAGCAUCAGGGGUUCCACUGUGAAAAGAAACCAUAUAAAAUGAAAAUGUGGUAAAGCCUUUAGCUAUGGCUUGUACCUUACUUGAUACCAGAAUAUACAUCUUUGAGAUAAACCACACAAAGAUAACGUGUAUGGCAAGGCUUAUCCAAAGUUCAACCUUGUGGAACUCACAGAAUUCUUACUGUGGAGAAGCCUUACAAAUAUAAUGAAUGUAAACAGCUUUAUAAAAAUAUUUACCCUAUUAUGGAUAUAACAGAAUACAUUUAGGAUGGAAACCAUACAAAUGUGGCAAGUCCUUUAAGCAAUGUUCUGACUUCAGGAUACACCAUUCAUUUUGGAGAGAAACAUUACAAAUGAAGGUGAUAAAUUAUUUUAAAUUUCUCAAUGGAAAUUCAUCCUUAUACGAAAGCAUUUUGUCAUACAAAAAUUCAGGAUAGAGGGAACUAAGUCUUUAUUCCUUCUUGAAGAUUAAGUGAUUGAUGUUAAAUUCACAGAUAAUUUUAAAAAGUCACAAACUCAUAAGAUGGUGUGUGUCAGAGGAGCAAGGACAUCUGUGGAAAGAUGUAACUCCUCAGUGUUAAUUUUUUAUUCAGUUAUUUCAUAUUGUUUAUUGAUGAAUUUACACCUUGAAAUUUGAAAUAUGUUGAUGUUAAAUCUUCAUGGCAUGCUUUUCAUUUAUCAUGUUUGUCUCAAGGAAUGGAUGUAAGAUGGAAGAGACUACUUCCAAAGGUGUGGCUUAUAUAUAUUAUUGAAACCAGGAAAAAGCAAGAACACUAAUUUUUUUUUUUUUUGAGACAGAGUCUUGCUGUGUUGCCCAGGCUGGAGUGCAGUGGCACGAUCU